AUGAAGUUUACAUUGGUCUUACUUGCCUCACUCCUUUUCUUGGCCGUCGCCGUUCGUGCCGAAGAAGAACACCAAGAACUGGAAGAAGUUAGAGAUAACAUUCCCAUGGAAGAAGAUGAUGAAGUAGCUGAAAAAGAAGAAGAAUCUCCCGAAAAUGAAUUACAAGCUAGAGAAGAGGAAGAGGAAAUACCUGAGGAAGCUAAAGCCUUGUGGAGCCGCCGUCGCCGUCGCUGGUAUCGUCGCCGAUUUAUCACCUUCCGUCGCCGAUUUAUCACCUUCCGUCGCCGUUUCAUCACCCUCCGCCGUCGCUGGGUCAGCCGUCGCCGCUUCUGGGGAAAGAAACAAAACUAA